AUGAAAAGAAGAAACUGCUCUGCCACAUCCCUUCUCCUGCUACUCCUGCUUCCACUUGGGGGUUCAGAGCUGGGUGAGUGAAUUAACUUUGGAGAAGAUGAGAAGCUCCUCAGGGCCUGCAGAAAUGGGGGUUGGAAUCUAUGGAGAAAAAACAUCCCAGGACUCAGGCAGGCCAGUCUUAAGCAAAGCUAUGGAAUAAUAGGAACAAGCCAGAAUGUUUUCACUAAGAACCCAUUGAGCAGCCCUGAUGACUCACAGACAAGAGAAAAAGAUACUAGUGAUGACCUGAGGACCACUGAAGGCCUAGGCCCCACUGAUGACUACACUACUGAACCCCUGGUGACCUCUGAGGACUACACCUCUGCCGAUCCAGGGACCACCGAGGACUAUACCACUGCUGAUCCAGGGACCACCGAGGACUAUACCACUGCCGAUCCAGGGACCACCGAGGACUAUACCACUGCAGAUCCAGGGACCACCAAGCACUACACCACUAAACAUCCAGACACUUGCUUUGAGGGAACAGAUCCAGUAACCUCAGUGAAACCCACUGGGCUGCUGACACCAUCAGAAUCAACCUCAUUUCCCUGGCUGACAGCACAGUGGCAGUUGCGCUCUUUGUUGGACUUGGCUUCUUUGUGGUGA